UUUUCCCCUUACACUCAACAGACACGAGUCAGAAGCCAGGACGCCGUCUGCACCGUUUUCCUCUCUCCGCUCGUCAUGGACUUAAUAGAUCCCAUCUUGUCCCUGGCCUCUGAGAUUCACACCCUGGUGAAAAAUGUGAAGGACAACAAGGAUCGCUGCCUCUAUGUUUCAAACCGAGUCGAAACCUUGGAGGGCCCGGUGAGGGGGAUCAAGGAGCUGGGGGCGGCCCAGCUCAAGGACAAGGCCAUGGUAGAGAUAACCCUCAAGGACCUCAGGGACACCCUGCAGGCGGCAAAGAAGCUGAUUGAAAAAUACACCUCGGCCAACAAGGUGAAACUUUUCUUUAAGAGCAGCAUCUACGGAGAAAGGUUCACCAUUGUGAACGAUCAUUUGAACGACGCAUCCCAGACCCUGUGUCUGGCUCUGCACGUGGUGAACAUUAACAAGACGCCUGAACAGACCGGUGAGGCAGUGGAUAAAUCUGCUGUGGCCCGGAUCAUUGAGCCAAAAGAGCUGCAGUAUGAAACGGAACCUUUUAUGAAAACACCAGCUUCAGAGGUCUACAAAGGAGAAUUGAAUAGAUCCACAGUAGCCAUAAAGAGAUACCUCAACCCCCAGAGCAUCAGCCCAGAGGACUUGAAGCGUAUUUUCAACAAGGAAGUGGAUACCAUGAAAUGCUUCGAGUCACCCAACAUCCUGCAAAUAUACGGCAUCUGCAUUAAGAACGAGCAGUCCCCAAACCCCGAAUUCCUCAUCGUCAUGGAGUACUGUGAGAAAGGAAGCCUUCGACAGGUCCUGGACAACGAGCGCGACCUCCCGUGGACCAGGAAAGCCCAGAUGUGUCUGGACGCAGCUCGAGGUCUCUAUCGACUGCACCACACCGAAAAGAAAAGUAAAGUCCAUGGGUGCCUCACCAGCUCAAACUUCCUGGUGGAUGUUGGCUACAGAGUCAAGCUGGGAGGUCUUGAACUGGCAACAACUGAGACUUCGCUGAGAAGAAAAUCGAAUGACGCAGAGAUCACAUCGCUGUGCUACUGCUCUCCCCAGAUGCUCAGUAAAAACAGCUACUACACCAAAGAGUGCGACAUAUACAGCUUUGGCAUUGUUCUGUGGGAAAUUGCAACUGGUGAAAAACCAUUUAAAGGAAUGUCAGAUGAUGUCAUCUAUCAGAAAGUGUGUAAAGGGGAUAAGGAGCCUCUUCCAGACGACUGUCCCCCAGCCCUGGCAGAGCUGAUCGACGCCUGCCGGGCCCACGACAGCUUCAAGAGACCAACGGUUGUCGGGGUGGUGAAUAAACUCCUCAGAAUCGUGGAUUGUCUGGCGGAGGCACCAGGCUCUUCCUCAGCCUCGGCCUGAUGCGACCAGCUGCAACAGAAGACGCUCGACUGAGGAACAAACCGGCCUCUAACAUGGAAGUCAUCAGGAGAGGGGAAAAGAACGGAGUCACAUGAGCGUCAGGAUUUUUUUCUUCUUUCUUCAGUCUUUAUUUGUAUAGCACUUUUUAGAUAUAAAAAACAACACAAAAUGCUUCACAGCAUUGAUAACACAAACCAACAUAAAAAAAUAAUAAAUUCACCCCAAAACCUUCAAAUAGGUCAUUCUAGUGUUACGUUGAGAAUCCAGGUUCAACAAUGGUGAAUUUGCAGUGUAUUAUAGUUCAUUUAAAGCAACACUAAGGAACUUUCAGUUUUCCUUGAUUUUGGCGGCGCCAGUGGACCAAAGCUAAGGUUGAAAAGUUCCGUAGUGUCGCUUUAAAGCAUCCUGUUUGUGUUUGUGCUCUGAUGAAGGAGCAGUUUGCUUCAGAAUCUCUGUGUCUUAAGCUCAUUGUGGCAGAAAGGCUUUAUGUGUGAAAAUACUUCAAGAAAAGAGUUUGCUCCAAACUCCAAGUGUAGUUUCAUCAACAACUUCGCCAUCAGUACUAUUGGUAUACUUCUUUAAUAUUGUUGUAGUCAUGUACAUGUAAUCCACUUUUUACUUUUCGAAAGUAGCUUCAAGUAACCUUUUAGAUUUAUUACUUUAACAUGAAUAAACAAGCCUACAUUUGUUUAUGAAUGUUUUUUUUUUUGUAUUGUACUGGGUUUUUUUUUGUAUUAUUUGUACUGUAAUUUGCAUUAUGACUGGAUUUCAGAAAACCAUAUUUUUUAUGCUUGCAGUUUUGUUUCUUUCAUACACAGAACUUGUUGUAUAAUGCAUUUACAUUCUAACCACUAUGCUGUGAUCACUCAUUAAUCCACCAUAUAUAACCACAUUCUAAAUCAUUUUGCUGAGAUUCACUUGUUUAUAUACAGUUUUAAUCACAUUCUAAUGAAUAUGUACUGAUUCAACUGUUCACUAUAUUUUUACUUCAUAUAUACGUAUUCUGUGAUUGUUUCAUGAUUUUGAGGCCUUCAGUAUAACAGGCUGUGACUGAAAGCUCAUUCUGUGUGCAUUCUGACGGUCCCAGGCCGGUUUCAAGGUUAGGAGCAGGGAGUAGAUCUACUCCCUGUUCUCUCCCCACAUGAGAAAAGACCUGAUUAUUUCCUUCAAAGUACAUGUGACCUUCAUGAAACAAUUACUGUCUGUUGGUCUUCGAGAAAAACAACCCUGUGACAGUCAGAGUGUUAUCAGAAUGUAACUAUCAAUCAUAUGCAAACCCAACAGUAUAACUUCCCAAGCAGAGGAGAGAUCGGGGCCAUUUUCUGCUGGAGACUCUGAUGCUGUCAGAGCUCACGGACAUGGUCCAGGACUCCUGUUUUUCUUUUAUUGCUAGCAUUUAGGUUAUCUCCCUGUCUGAUCAACUUUCUAUUGAAUUAAAGAUCUUGUGCAGAGACUUCUA